AUGAAGGAUAAAGCCUAUGGGCCUGAAACGCUAAGCUGUGGCCACACUCAGGAAGUCCGGGUGCAUAUCCUGAAGCCAGAGGCCGUGGGGGAGCAGAAGGAAAUCGUCUUUUACUAUUUGGUGAUGGCCAAAGGAGGCAUUGUGCGAGCAGGGACCCAGGCUCUGGCUGUGGAGCAUGGUGAUGUUAAUGGGACCUUCUCACUGAUGCUCCCCGUGGAGUCUGAUAUUGCUCCCCUGGCACAGAUGCUCAUAUACACCAUUUCACCCAAUCACGAGCCUAUUGCUGAUUCAGUCAAAUUCCAGGUCGAAAAUUGCUUUGCCAAUAAGGUCGACUUGCAUUUCUCACCGGCCGAGGGGCUCCCCGCCUCCGACACUCGCCUCCGGGUCGGGGCCUCCCCAGGCUCCCUGUGCGCCGUCCGUGCUGUGGACAAGAGCGUCCUCCUCGUGAAGCCUGAAGCCGAGCUCUCUCCCAGCUCUGUGUAUAACCUGCUACCAGUGAAGGAACUUCAGGGGUAUCAUCAUGGCACAGACAUGCUGCCGAUGGAUCCCCAGGAGGAGUGCAUUGCCGCAGAGAAGAUAAUUGUGAAUGGAGUCACCUAUGCUCCAGUAUCGGAGCCAGAUGAAGAGGACACUUAUAGCAUCUUAAAGGAAAUGUGUUUAAAGGUCUUCACAAACUCCAAGGUGAGAAAGCCACAUUAUUGCCUCCAGUUCCCUCAAGUUGCUUGGGGUUACAGAAGUUCUGAAGGAUUUCACAGUGAAGCCGGGAUAUCAGCACAAGCACUCAGGGGAACUGGACAUGCAAGGGUACUGGACUCAGGUUACCCUGUCAUGGCUGAGACCCUUCCAGCAGCGGUGGAGACAGUUCGAAAGUAUUUCCCAGAGACAUGGAUUUGGGAUUUAGUGCCUUUGACCUCCAACAGAAGUGCUGAAUUGCCCUUGACAAUCCCUGAUACCAUCACAGAAUGGAAAGCUAAUGCAUUCUGCACCUCAAGUGACACUGGCUUUGGCCUGUCCCGAACCGUGUCCCUCAGAGCCUUCCAACCCUUCUUCAUGGAGCUCACCCUGCCCUACUCUGUGGUGCGUGGCAAGGCCUUCACGCUAAAGGCCACUGUCUUCAAUUACCUGACCCGCUGCAUCAGGGUCAGCAUCUCACUGGCUUCAUCUGCCGACUUCCGAGCUACCCCUGUGGAGAAGGAAGAGGACUCUUAUUGUCUCUGCGUGAAUGGAAGAAAAACUGUGUCCUGGGCUGUGACCCCAAUAUCUCUGGGUAAUGUGAAUUUCUCUGUGAGUGCAGAGGCCCUGAAGACGGAGCUGCCCUGUGGGAACGAGGUAGCAGUGCUCCCUGAGACAGGGCAGAAGGAUACAGUGAUCAAACAGCUGUUAGUGGAGCCCGAAGGGAUUGAGACGGAAGCAACCUUCAACUCUCUGCUCUGUGCAAAUGGAAAUUCAGAAGCAGGGAAGAUUUCCCUGAAGCUUCCACUGAACGUGGUGCAGGGCUCAGUCAGAGCCUAUGUGACAGUGCUGGGCGAUAUCCUGGGCACAGCCAUGCAGAACCUGCAGCAGCUCCUCCAGAUGCCCUUCGGCUGCAGGGAGCAGAACAUGGUCCUGUUUGCCCCCAACAUCUACGUCCUGGACUAUCUGAAUAAGACGGGGCAGCUGAGCGAGGAGACCAAAUCCAAGGCCAUCGGAUACUUAGUCAGUGGUGAGGAGGGACGGGAGGUGAAUUACAAGCACCUGGAUGGCUCUUACAGCACAUUUGGGGAGCAUUACAGGCAGCCGGGGAAUACCUGGCUGACGGCCUUCGUCCUCAAGUCCUUCGCGCAGGCCCGCUCUCACAUCUUCAUCGAGGAGAAGCACAUCCAGGAUGCCCUGGCCUGGCUCGCUGGCAAGCAGAAGGAAAAUGGCUGCUUCCGCAGCUCUGGGACGCUCCUGAACAAUGCCAUAAAGGGCGGGGUGGACGAUGAGGUCACGCUCUCUGCCUACAUCACCAUCGCGCUGCUAGAGAUUCCUCUGCCCAUCACUCACUCUGUGGUCCGUAGUGCUUUAUUCUGCCUGGAAACAGCCAUGGAGCAGGGAGGAAGCCACGUGUACACAAAGGCACUGAUGGCCUAUGCCUUCACCCUGGCAGGGAAGGAGGAGAAGCACAGGGCACUGCUGGACUCGCUUGAUAAGGAAGCUGUGAAAGAGGAUGGCUCCGUUCACUGGCAGAGGCCCGGGAAGCAGCCAGAGGCUGAUCUCCCGUUCUAUCACCCCCGUGCUCCCUCCGCCGAGGUGGAGAUGACGUCCUACGCGCUCCUCGCUUACCUCCCCACGCGGCCGGCACCAUCCCAAGAAGACCUGUCAUUAGCAGCUCAAAUUGCAAAGUGGAUCAGCAAGCAGCAGAAUCCCAACGGGGGCUUUUCCUCCACCCAGGACACAGUGGUGGCACUCCAGGCCCUGUCCCGAUACGGAGCCUCUACUUACACCAAGAGUGGAGGAGCAUCCACAGUGACCCUGCAAUCCACAGGGAACUUUCAGACCCAGUUCCAGAUGGAUCACACGAACCGUCUGCUGCUCCAGCGUAUGGCACUGGCAGAGGUGCCAGGGGACUACAGCAUGGGGGUGACAGGAGAAGGAUGUGUCUACGUGCAGACCAGCCUGAGGUACAACGUGCUCCCCAAGCCGGAAGAGGCACCAUUCACGCUGGAGGUGCACACGGUCCCCGAGACGUGUGAGAACCCACAGGUCCACAGGACUUUUAGCAUUGCCAUAAACAUCAGUUAUACAGGGAAAUGCCCCGUCUCCAACAUGGUCAUUGUUGAUGUUAAGAUGCUGUCAGGAUUCAUCCCUGUGAAGUCAUCAGUGAGGAAACUGGAAGGACAUCACCACAUCCACCGCACAGAACUGAGCACCAACCACGUGCUGCUCUACAUGGAGCAGGUGAGCAACGUGACUCAGAGCUUCUCCUUCGCGGUGGAACAGGACUUCCCCGUGCAGAGCCUGAAGCCAGCGGUGGUGACAGUCUAUGAUUACUAUGAGACAGAUGAAUUUGCCAUUGCUGAGUACAGCGCCCCCUGCAGCAAAGCCAAUGUUGAGCAGGAAAAUGCAUGA